AAAAUAUAAUGCAUUAACAGACUGCCAAAUUCGUCGAGGUGUUGCCAAAUUAUGACUAACUUAGAAUAAACGAGCUUAAGCAAAUAGAACAAGAAUAAUACUAUAUUAGUUAAUUGAAAGAGCAGAGGGAGAGGGUACAAUUAUAUUGAAUUGAAUUCAGAUGGAAGUUUUAAAAGAAGAAUUCCUAAAGAAAGAUCAAACUAUCACUGAUUUCCAAAUCCAAAAUCAAAAAUUGCGAGAAGAGCUAAAUAAGAUGAGAGUUGCAUUGUCAGAGUAGAUUAAGCAUCAAGAGAAGGAAAAGCAAAGAAUAAAAAAAUAUACUCAAGAAAGAGACUAAUUAAUGAAUGAUAACUAAGAGCUAAGAGAUCUUGUGUAGCAUUUAAGGGAAGAGAAUGAAAAUUUGAAUGUACAUAAAAAUAUAAUUUAGUCGUUACAAUUAGAAAAGUAACGAUAAUUUGAAGAGUAUGUUGUUCAAUAAUAAAUUGAAAAUGAACAAUUGAAAGCUGAAAUAUCAAAAUUGGAUGAGUUACUUUUUGGAACUGAGCCUCUGAAAGCUGAAAACAUUAAAUUAAAGGCAGAAAUCAAGGAAUACAAAAAUGAAAAAAAAAAAAUAUAACAUGAAAUGAGAUAAAGUAGAAUAGAAACUAAUUAGCAAUUGGAUGAAUUUAAAUUAGUCAUUCAAGAUUAGCAUCAAGAAAUUGCUAAAUUAUAACAAUACAAAGAAAUGAAUAAUUAGUUAAAGUAAAAUUACGAAGAGUUUGAACAUCAAUUUAAAUUGCUUAAACAAGAAAACAUUGAUUUAAAAUUAGAAUUAAAAAGAUUUUAUGAUAAAGAAGAGAGUGAACUCAAAAUGAAAUCUGAAAUUGAUAGAGUAAAUUGACAUUAUUAACAUUAGGUGAGAUAAGAUUUGAUUUCAGUAAGGAAUUAAGAAGUUGAAAAAUUAAAUGAAUUAUUUAAGGGAAUAUUUUAAAGGAAUAGUUUAGAAUAAUCGAGAGAAAAAUACAUAUGA